CCGUAAUCUUUCUAUUCAUCCAAGAGACCCAAGGGUCACGCCACUUGCUGGCAAAGAACAGUUAAUUUUGUAUAAUAAUGCCAUAUACCGAAGAUUACAUCCGAAAUAAGUUGAUAAAAGACCUGGACGCGGUACACGUGGAAGUUGUGGACCAAUCCGAUGGUUGUGGGGCAAAAUUUACGGCUGUAAUAGUUUCGAGUAAAUUCGAAGGAAAGCCAUUACUACAAAGACACAGAUUAGUCAACUCAGUGUUGUCGGAGGAAUUGAAAGAUAUUCAUGCCUUUUCACAAAAAACAUUAACUCCUGAGCAAUGGGAGAAGGAGCGGUCUUUAGAAUCGUAGAAAAAGAAAAAUCUCCCGAGAAGAGGCAUAUAAAU